AUGACAGAAACUAGCUCUUCUAUUAGAAGCUUAGAAACACAAGUUGGCCAACUUGCAAAGUUAAUGGUGGAUCGUAAUCAUGGAACUUCACCUAGUUCAACUAUGAUGAAUCCCAAAGAACAAUGUCAAGUUGUCACUUUGAGGAGUGGGACUAAGUAUGAGGGGCCUACAGUAGAAAACAAGGGUAAGAAGAUAGAGGAUCAACAUGUCACUAGUCCAGCACAAGAGGAGGUUACUGAAGACCUUCCAAAGAAAGAGAAGCAAAAAUACAUCGAGCCUCCACCAAAAAUUCCAUAUCCUCAACGGUUUCAAAAGGCUAAUAUUGACAAACAAUUUUCUAAAUUUUUGGAUAUCUUUCAAAAACUGCACAUUAACAACCCUUUUGCAGAGGCUUUAGAACAAAUGCCAAGUUAUGUGAAGUUUGUGAAAGAAAUUUUGUCAAGGAAGAGGAAAUUAGAGGAUUAUGAGACGGUAGCACUAAUUGAAGAGUGCAGCGCAAUACUUAAGAAGAAACUACCUCCAAAGCUUAAAGAUCCUGGUAGUUUCAAUAUCCCAUGUUCUAUAAGGGGUUUAGUAGAAACAAAGGAUUUAUGUGACUUAGAGGCCAGUGUGAAUUUAAUGCCUGUAUCAAUCUUUCAGAAGUUGAAUUUAGGAGAAGCUCGAUAA